AUGCCAUCUCCACAUUUCUCCAAAGUCCUUGUCUUUGGUGCCACUGGCGAAGUUGGCUCCGCCGUCGCACUCGAGGCCCACGCUCUCGGCGCCCACGUCUUCAUCGCCCUACGCGACACAUCCAAGCACAACGAGUGGAUCUCGCCCGAUCAAGAGCGCGCCGCAGACCUGCAGCGCAUCAGUGCCGACCUAACCGACCUGGACUCUGUGAAGCAGGCCGUGCACGAGACAGGCGCCCAGGCUGCCUUCAUCUACGCCGUGCGCUUCAAGGACACGUUGCGUGGUGCCAUUACCGCCCUGCGCGACGCUGGCAUCCAGUAUGUCGUGUUCCUGUCGACCAGUCAGGUCAGGACUGCGGGCACCACAAAGGGUGACAUUCGAUCCAUCAAGCCAGACCACUUCAUCCCAUGGCAGCAUGCGCAGGUUGAGAUUGCGCUGGAAGAACUCGAGGUGCCACAUGCAGCGGUACGGGCCGGCUUCUUUGCGAGCAACCCGCUGCGAAUUUACCUUGAUCGAUCUUCAGAGCCUAAACAAGUCCAUCUGCUAGCUCCAGAAGUGCUGCACGAUCCCAUUGACCCGAAGGAUAUUGGGCGUGCGGCUGCUGCCGUGUUAGUCAGCCCGCGGCUGUACGCGAGUGGCUAUCAAGGAGACCCCAAGAAGGAUGUUGUGUACCUCAGUGGACCAGCUUUGCUCUCCCAGACUGUGCAGUGGGAGAUCAUAAACCGAGAGCUUGUUGCUGCUGGUAAGCCUGAAGUCGAGGUGAAUCAUAUCACGGUUGAGCAGUACCUUGAGAAUCUGGCCAAGCUUCAUGUUCCUGACGUGGUCGCCAAGUCUCUAGCCAAGUCCAUGGUGGAGACGAGGGCACUAUAUGCUCCUGAGGACUAUGAGAAGUCCCGGGGUAACGUUGAGCUCUUGACAGGCCGCAAGGCUACAUCAUUUGAUGACUUUGUUAAGAGAGAGAUACCAAGGUACUUCAACUGA